GUAGUUGCCUCAGAGCCCGCGGGUUGAAGAAAUCGUACGCAUCGAGCGAGUGACAAGCGCCGCGUCUCACCAAACAAAGAAAAGCAAAAGCAGAGCCCCCAAAAAAAAAACAAAAAAAAAAAAAAAAUCAUUUAAAAAUAAAUAAAAUCUUAAAACAACUGAGAAAAACAUAGAAAACCCUGCUUCUCUGACACAAAAUCAAGGGCCAGUCCAACGAAUAUUUUGUAGUUCCCAGAUAGAUAAAAACCAAAAAGAAAAAAAAGAAACGCAACAAAAUGCUGCCACGAAUCGCAGGCAAAUGAGCCCGCUAGCCAACGGCUCACAUCUGCGGCUGCUGCAGAGCAGCGAGUCCGAGCCCGGUCCCGCAUCCGCAUACGCAUACGCAUCCACCUCCGCAUUCGCAUCCUCAUCCGCAUCAGCAUCUCGCCGCGUCUCCCAGUGUGUGUGCCAGUGUUCAGCCAAAGCGGACCGCCAGCAAUUGCAGUGUAAGGCGCCCGCCAUUCGCAUUCCAACAGUAAACUAAUCCAUCGAGCGUCGAGUGUCGCUUUUGAAAAUUGAGUUUCGUUUCCGGUUCCGCCGCGUGUCGCUCAAUCCGUUUUUGGCCAAGUCGGUCGGUUGGUCUGUUCCGGUCCUCAAAAAAGUCGGUCGGUCGUUCAGACAUUUUGUGCUGCUCAAAAAUUGAUGCCACCAGCAGCAGCAGCAAUAGGCAGCAUCAGCAUCGGCAGCCCUGUAAUCCACACCAACAUUGAAGACUGCUAACUGGAAUUGCUUCGAACCAUCACCAUCAAAACGAACAACAACCACAACAAAGUGCUGCCAGCAACAAACGUAAAAAACGUAAAAAACGUAAAAAGAAAACGUAAUCAGGAAUUUAAGCAAAACCAAAAAGAAACAUCUGAGAGGCAGGAAGGUGCCUUCCGAAAAAAACAUGUUUAUGGAAUUGUCAUCGUUAGCGAGCAACUGACGCAACAGCUCAAGGCAUGUGGCACCGGCAACAUCUGCAGCAUCAGCAGCAACACUGAGCGGCAGCAGCAGCAGAAGCAGCAGCAGGAGCAGUACUUGGCCAAAACAGCAGCCAACUAGGGAAGCGGGUAAGCCAGGAAAGCAACCUCCGUGGAUAGGUGGUGUGCUGCUAUAAAGCAGCACCAUAGCUGCCAUUAAAAUAGACGCCGCGGCGCAACAGCAACGCUGCCGUCGUCACAAUCAACGCCAGCGACAACAUCACCCGCAUCAUCGCCAUCGCAGACGACGACGUCGCAGCAGCAACACCAACAGCAGCAACAGCACUGGCGACGGCGACGACGGCGGCGCAGCAGCACUAGCAAUAGCAAUAUCGCAGCAACACUGCAACCAGCAACAUCAGCAAAGUGGUCGACGGCGACGCUACGACGGCCUGUCAUCUGUAGGCAAUGCAACGCGCUGUGCAGCAACGGGUUGGACCUGGCCUAAGAUGGGUAGCGUUCUAUUCGCCGCUGUAUUCAUAGCAUUACACUUUGCCACCGGCGGACUGGCCAACCCGGAUGCCAAGCGACUCUACGACGACCUGCUGAGCAACUACAAUCGCCUCAUCCGACCCGUGGGCAACAACUCGGACCGCCUAACUGUUAAGAUGGGUCUGCGCCUCUCCCAGCUGAUCGAUGUGAAUCUGAAGAAUCAAAUUAUGACAACCAAUGUCUGGGUGGAGCAGGAAUGGAAUGACUAUAAAUUGAAAUGGAAUCCGGAUGACUAUGGCGGCGUGGACACGUUGCACGUACCCUCCGAGCAUAUAUGGCUGCCGGAUAUUGUGCUCUAUAACAACGCCGAUGGCAACUAUGAAGUGACAAUAAUGACAAAAGCAAUUCUUCAUCACACGGGCAAAGUGGUGUGGAAGCCACCCGCCAUUUACAAAUCCUUCUGCGAAAUUGAUGUCGAAUACUUUCCCUUCGAUGAGCAGACAUGUUUCAUGAAGUUCGGCUCCUGGACCUACGAUGGUUAUAUGGUUGACUUGAGGCACUUGAAACAGACCGCCGACUCGGACAACAUUGAGGUGGGCAUCGACCUUCAGGACUACUACAUCUCCGUGGAAUGGGACAUCAUGCGGGUGCCGGCAGUGCGGAAUGAGAAGUUCUACAGCUGCUGUGAAGAACCAUACCUGGACAUCGUUUUCAAUCUGACACUCCGUCGGAAGACUCUCUUCUACACGGUCAACCUGAUCAUUCCCUGUGUGGGUAUCUCGUUCCUGUCGGUGUUGGUCUUCUACCUUCCCAGUGAUUCUGGCGAGAAGAUCUCACUCUGUAUCAGUAUCCUGCUCUCGCUCACUGUGUUCUUCCUCCUGCUGGCUGAGAUCAUUCCGCCCACCUCGUUGACAGUGCCGCUGCUGGGAAAGUAUCUGCUCUUCACCAUGAUGCUGGUCACGCUCUCCGUAGUGGUCACCAUUGCCGUGCUCAAUGUGAACUUCAGAUCACCUGUCACACAUCGCAUGGCGCCGUGGGUGCAACGCCUCUUUAUCCAGAUCCUGCCCAAGCUGCUCUGCAUCGAGCGGCCCAAAAAGGAGGAACCCGAGGAGGAUCAGCCGCCCGAGGUGCUCACCGAUGUCUAUCACCUGCCGCCGGAUGUGGACAAGUUUGUCAACUACGAUUCGAAGCGUUUCAGCGGCGACUACGGCAUUCCAGCACUACCCGCCUCGCACCGCUUCGAUUUGGCAGCGGCGGGCGGCAUCAGCGCUCAUUGUUUCGCGGAACCGCCGCUGCCCUCUUCACUGCCACUGCCGGGCGCCGAUGAUGAUCUGUUCAGCCCGUCCGGACUCAACGGAGACAUCAGUCCCGGUUGCUGUCCGGCCGCUGCAGCUGCCGCUGCGGCCGCCGCCGAUCUCAGUCCCACGUUCGAGAAGCCAUACGCCCGGGAAAUGGAGAAGACCAUCGAGGGAUCCCGCUUCAUAGCGCAGCACGUGAAGAACAAGGAUAAGUUUGAGAGUGUCGAGGAGGACUGGAAGUACGUUGCCAUGGUCUUGGAUCGUAUGUUUCUGUGGAUCUUCGCGAUUGCUUGCGUGGUCGGCACAGCGCUAAUUAUCCUGCAGGCGCCCAGCUUGUACGAUCAAUCGCAGCCGAUUGAUAUACUCUACUCGAAGAUUGCCAAGAAGAAGUUCGAGCUGCUCAAGAUGGGCAGCGAGAACACCUUAUAGCGACCACUUGGGUUCGCGGCCGGCUGGUGGAAUCUAAUCAUCAGCUCGCUGCGGACCCUGUUCGCCGCUCGCGACGACGAUCGUGGAUAAUAUACGAUGAGCCACAUCAUGAGUAUUUCCUCGGCAUUAUACAACACAAAUAGCAGCAGUAAUAGCAACACCAGUGACAGUGGCAGUGUCAUUGACAGUGUUGUAAAGGUUAUUGUGAGUAGUGUUGGUAGCGCCAACGAAACGGAUAACUCAUGGAGCCCAGCGUAGAAGCAAACACGAGGCGAGUGAAGUGAACAUUGCGAAAUGAAUUGAAUGAUACAAUCGAAUGGAGGGCAAGUUUAUGGAGCAGUUGAUCAAAAUAUGUAAUGUAAUGUAAUUCGAGAGGGAGUUGGUAGUGUUGAUUAACCGUGACAGUGCUGGAUAGCGACGCAAGCCACAAGAUCGGUGCGGAGAGCGAAGCUUAGUUAGUAAGUUUUUUGAUGUACUCGAUGUAUGAUUGUGUGGGUCGAUGAUGGCCCCCAGAGUAUCCUUUCAGGAUCCUUGGGCCAGUGUUGUAUAAAGCGUAUGGAGUUUUGUAAGUUAUAUUGUAUUUUUGAGCGCCAAAAAGUUCCUUGUUACAUCUUUUAGUUUUAAAGUUCCACACACAACACAUACAACAACAACAACAACAAAACAAACAAAAAACAAAAAGAAACCAAAAACAAAAACAAAAAGCAAAAAAACAAAUGAAAAUGUUUUAAAAUUGCAUUUUAAAUUUAAAUCUGACUGUAUGUGUUCAGUGCGUGAGUGUGGGUGCUUGUGUGAGAGUGUGCGUGCCAAAAUAUAUAUACAUAUGGAAGAGGAAAUCAAUUUUAAUUGUUUAUUUAUUUGUGCAUAUUUUUCACAUUAUUUUUAGCAGAGCAAAACUAAAAAAUGAAAACGAAAACAAGAAGAAAUUGCGCCCACGCUAAAUGGGCAAAAUUCAAUUGCAUAAAAUUCCAAUCUAUUUUUAGCAUAAAUAAGUAAAAUUAAUACGAUAAACUACAUUUAAUUAGCCAAUAAGUCGUAACUAGUGGUAGCUAAGCAAAUCUAGUAUUGAAUUAAAUUUAAUAUUAAACAAAA